AUCUUCCUGUCGCAACAAUGAAGAGGCACUUAUUAGCUGUUGCUGUUUUAGCCACCUUGCUAGUGUCAGCUACGUCUGAGUUUGACUUCUACAAGCUCAGUCUCAUGUGGCCACCUUCUGUUUGUAACACCGGAAUGGAAUGUAUUCCAAAAAUCCCCAAAAUGUUCACCAUUCAUGGUUUAUGGCCACAAUAUGCUAAUGACAUACCGGUGCCUCCUUACGACGAGGAUCCUUCAUGCACCAAUAUCAUUCCUACAAGUUCAGAUGAAGCUAUGAAUGAUUUGGUGCCUAUCGAAGAAGAAUUAACAAAAUAUUGGCCAAACCUUUUUAUCAAAGAUGGUAAACGUGACGAUCAGUAUUUUUGGAGACAUGAAUGGGAAGAUCAUGGAAUGUGUUCGGACUAUCCUGAUGAUCCUCGUAGCUAUUUCUACGAUACCUUUUCUCUCACUACUCAACAUAAUCCAUUAGAAGUUAUGGGAAUUCAACCUGGAGAUGAACUAAAUGAAGUGGGAACCAUAUUAGAAGCUGUCAAGCAAGGUUUGGGAGCAUAUCCUCAAAUUGUAUGUAACAUUCUGCCCCGGGUUAAAACGCUUCAGCUAAAGGAAAUUCGUUUCUGCUUUGAGAGGGCAAAGCCACCCUCCGUCCUUAAAAACUGCACCAACAAAUUGGCUGGUGAUUGUGCACAGCUGACUGACCUUAUAAGGUUCCCCCCUCCUCCCACUGUAGCUAUAUGUAACGACGAAUUAUGAAGCUGUUUCUAUCUAGUGGGGGUGUCGAGAAUUAGCAAUAUUAAAUAAACAACUCAGGCUUAGAACCAUCAGUGUAUGGAGAUUAAGGUUUAAGGUUUGAAUUCUCAACCUAUUUUGCUUUUGAAUUUACUAUUAGCAAGUUAUGUACUAGCUUAAUAGCAUAAACUUUGCCACACUCUUAAAGCUAUGUACUUGGUUUUACUACUGCCCCUUGGCAUUGUGCAUGAUUCUACCUGCAUUUUGAGUCUAGCGCUUCAA